UCUUCAGCUAUAUAGCGGCCCCACCCACGCUCCUGCAACGAAGAGAAAAAGAGCGGAGGAAGCGAAAGAAAGGAGCAGCUUUUGGGCAAUCUCUUGAGCAACGUUCAAUCCUUCCAGUUGGGCCGAAGGAUGGUUCGGGUCUGCCGAUGGAUACUCCGGGACCGGUCGAGAAGGUACCGCCGCGUCGAACGUCAUCGAUCGCAGUUGCUUGCGCCUGCGAUCAGUGUACUCCGGUGGGUCCGCUAUCUCAGACACAGAAACUGCGUAGCUUCGAUCAGCGGUGGCGGCGAUGAAGGGUUUAAGAGGCUUCUGUUAGCAGGGGAGGAGAGCCCGACUCCGAAGGGGUACCUGGCGGUGUACGUCGGCGGUGGAGAGGAGGAUGAGCCGCCGCAGCGUUACUUGGUUUCUGUCUGUCAUUUUAAUCAUCCGCUUUUUGUGGAGCUUCUCAGGGAGGCCGAGGAGGAGUUUGGGUUUCACCAUCCGCGCGGAAUAACUAUUCCUUGUCCGGCGUGGCGCUUCGAGCGGAUUCAGACGCGGAUUGCUGCCGGCUGUGCGGUGGCUCGCCGGAAAAGGGGUUGCCGGAUUUUCUAGUGGUUGUGACACAUAUUGGUUACGGUCCGCCGCAGCGUUACUUUGUUCCUUUCUUGAUGUUAUCCAUUCUUAGAUGGCUUUAGCUUUUAAUAUAAACUCUGCUAAAAAUUUUGCUAUUUUCCCAUUGGAACUUCAUGAAGUUUUCCAACUGCGUUAGAACUUGUGGCUGUAACUGGUAGUUGAUUAACUAUUUUGUUGUGAAUUCCACGUUGAAAAGUGACCGUUGAAAACUUCAUGAAGUUCGUGCAUGUAAAAUUUCAAUAAUAAGCUUCAGAGUCUAUAGAGGUAUGGUAUCUUUGUCGAA